AAACUAUCCUGUUUUUAAAUCAUCCCAGAUUUAGGGUUUCAUAAUCGGUGGUAACUGGUAUCAGCGGCUCCCUCAGAGAAGCUCUCAAAUCCAAAUCACCGCAGCAUAGCCGCCACCUUUCCGUCACCAUGGGGAAGACACGUGGAAUGGGAGCUGGUCGCAAGCUGAAGUCGCAUCGUAGAAGGCAAAGGUGGGCCGAUAAGGCUUAUAAAAAAUCCCAUCUUGGCAAUGAAUGGAAGAAGCCAUUUGCAGGCUCCUCUCAUGCAAAAGGGAUUGUUCUUGAGAAAAUUGGUAUCGAGGCCAAGCAGCCGAACUCUGCUAUUAGAAAAUGUGCUCGAGUGCAACUUAUUAAGAAUGGGAAGAAGAUUGCUGCCUUCGUACCCAAUGAUGGUUGCUUGAACUACAUUGAAGAGAAUGAUGAGGUGCUAAUUGCUGGAUUUGGUCGUAAGGGGCAUGCUGUCGGAGAUAUUCCUGGAGUCCGUUUCAAGGUUGUGAAGGUCUCAGGUGUAUCUCUUUUGGCACUCUUUAAAGAGAAGAAGGAAAAGCCAAGGUCUUGAAUGUCCAGUUGGAAGACACGGCUUGGCUUCAGAUUUUGCUGUACAUUUCUCUAUAUUUCUUUUACCCCACGUCAUGUCCUUUCCAGAGUUUAGCAUUUGUUCUAUGUUUCAGUUUUGGGACGUCUCGACACUUCAAUUUUAAGGCCAUAUAACGUUGGGAAUCAAUAGAGUAGCUGUCCUCUUGAUUGUAACUACUACUACUUUCUUCUCUCGAAGCAUCUUCGUUUCUUUGCUAUUUGAGCCCCUAUAUUUUCUUGGUUCGCCAA